AUGGCUCCUUUUAGCCACACGGAUGUCCUGAUCGUAGGGGCCGGCCCAGCCGGCCUCAUGAUGGCAGCAUGGCUCGCCAGAUGCGGCGUAGAUGCUCGCUGCGUUGACAAGCGAGGGACGAAGAUCUUCAAUGGGCAAGCCGAUGGGCUACAGUGUCGCACCCUUGAGAUCUUCGACUCUCUUGGCUUUGGCCACCGUGCGUGGCGAGAGGCCAACCACAUGUUGGAGAUAUGCCUCUGGAAUCCCGACGAGUCUGGUGUUAUUCGCCGUAGCGACCGCAUCCCGGACACGAUUCCCGGUAUCAGUCGCUUCCAGCAGGUGGUGCUGCAUCAAGGCCGCAUCGAACGCUUCUUCCUCGACCUGAUAGAGGAAUAUGGGGGCCACGCCGUCGAGCGUGGCGUCGUGCCCACCAAACUCGAUGUCGACGAGUCACUCGUGGAAGAUGCCAGUGCAUAUCCCAUCACCGUCAACCUCCGCCAUCUCUCAGAGGAGGAAGCCACGCCCACGCAGUCAGCGACAUCUGCGAACGGACAGGCCAUUCAUGACGGCUUAUUUCGAAGUAACCUCGCCGUGGACGACACGGCCGAUCUCCUUGCGGCGUCGUCACUGAACGACAAGGCCAACACGGAGGAGACCGUCAAGGCCAAAUACAUGCUUGGUGCUGAUGGCGCGCACUCCUGGGUCCGCAACCAACUCGGCUUCACACUGGAAGGUGACUCGACCGACUACAUUUGGGGCGUGCUCGACAUCAUCCCCAUCACCGACUUCCCCGACAUCAGGAUGCGAUGCGCUAUCCACUCAGCCAGCUCGGGUAGCGUCAUGGUCAUCCCGCGAGAGAACAAGCUCGUCCGGCUGUAUAUUCAGCUCACAACCACUGAAAAGACUGGCGACGAAGGAGGUGCAAAAGCAGAUCGCUCCAAGAUCAACCCUCAGGUCAUUCUGGAAGCCGCGCAGCGCAUCAUGGCUCCUUACAAACUAUCCUAUCGUGUGCUCGACUGGGUGAGCUGA